AUGGAUGUUGAUCCAUCUUGCGGGUUCUGCGGCCAGGACAUGGAAACGGUGGAGCAUAUUUUCCUCCGCUGCCCGAUUGCUGUAGCUGUCUGGUAUGGGUCUCCGCUAGCUUUGCGGGUGGAGAGGUACCCGACGUUCCAUCAGUUUUGGGGAGACAUUCUGCGGAUUGAUGAUGAAGAAGUGGUGGCCAUGGUCCAGUGUGUGCUAUACCAGCUAUGGGAGGCUAGGAACCGGAGUGUUUUUAAUCAGCAACAUGUGAGCAUCAAUCAACUUACUCAGAAGGUUGGGGCUCUCGCUAGUGCUGCGAUUGGAGUGGUUUCUCAUCCACAGUCGCGUCAGGUGGCUGCUGUUUGGAAGAGGCCAGCAUUGGACCAGAUCAAGAUUAAUUGUGAUGCAUCCUUUCGAGCUCCAACAGACGUGGGUCUAGGCAUGGUGGCGCGGAACUCGAGUGGGGAGGUCAUGGCUUCUGCAACAUCAUCUUCUUGCUCUGUUUUAUCGUCUCUUCUUGCUGAAGCUUCAUGUCUCUGUUGGGCUAUGUCACUAGCUAUUGACUUGGGGUUCCGACAAGUGAUUUUUGAGGUUGAUUGUCUACAACUAUUCAAGGCUUGGAGGGCAGGAGUAGCUGGGAGGAACUAUUUGACUACUAUCAUUAGUGAUUGUCGUAGGCUUAGUUUGCAUUUUGAUUCUACUAUUUUUACUUUUACUAGACGCUCAGGUAAUUCCGUGGCGGAUUAUUUAGCUAGGAACGCUUCCACCUAUGGCGAAUCUGUCUGGGUGGAGGAGGUUCCGCCUGGCGCUAUCCGUUUUGUUGACUCUGAUUGUUUGGCAUCUUUGCCCGCUUAA